AGCGGGCGACGCGGCCGGCCUCCUCGUCCCACCGGCGCCGCCGCCCGUCUCGGUUCGGAGCUUCGGAUCGAGGUCGAAGGUUCAGAUGAUAGACAUGGUAUCAGUCGUUGAGGAACUCAGUGGGCUAACUUCUAGAGAACUCGGUGAGAUGCUGAAGGAGUCAGAGAACUUUGUCUUGCAGGCAAAGACUGAAGAUGAUGGCACAAAUCAGGUGGACAUGGAAAAGCUUGUGUCCUCGCUUCCUCUCCACCUUCUUGCUGUUUGUUUGGAACUUGAAAGAGGUUCAGAUUUAGCGUAUGUCCUACGUGGAAUGCGCUUCUUGCAUAGCUUGUCUGAGUUAGCAGCUCGCCACACUAGGCUGGAGCAGGUUCUUCUUGAUGAUGUGAAAUUGUCUGAACAAGUCAUGGACCUGAUAUUUUUUGUGCUAUCUAUUCUUUCGCACUGGAAGAAGGAAAAUCAUCUUGGUGUUUCUCCUUUUAUACAUUCAUCACUUGUAGCAGCCACUCUUCAUCUGUUGACAAGUUACUUUUCAUCUCAAUGGCAUGAACUUGUCCAUAUUCUGCUUGCACAUCCAAAGGUUGAUAUCUUUAUGGAUGUGGCCUUUGAUAGCCUCCAUGAUGAUGUUAGGUCGCUGAGUUACAGGUUGUCAACAUUGAGCACCGACACCUUUUCUGUUGGCCCUUUUGACUCACGACUCACACACUUCAUCUGCCAACAGUGUGAAGCAUCAUUGCAGUUUCUUUUGUUACUGUGCCAGCAGAAGUUGUUCCGAGAUCGUAUUUUAAAAAACAAGGAACUCUCUAGGAAUGGAGGUAUACUGUCACUCUCUCAAACUAUAUUGAAGUUAGAUGUUGCGGAGUGUCUGAAGGGAUCAAUUGAUAUUGCUGCUUCUGUAUCCAGGUUGAAGGCUAAGAUUCUUUCUAUUUUGCUCCAACUUUGUGAAGCUGAAACUGUUUCUUACCUUGAUGAAGUCGCCACUUCACCAAAGAGCAUGCAACUAGGUCAAACCUUGGCACUAGAGGUUCUUGAUUUGCUGAAGACUGCGUUUGGAAGAAAACAAAAACUUACUUCGGAUUCUCAUGAUAAGAGUUUCCCCAUGGGUUCUGUGCUUAUCAGUGCGUUGCGUCUAGUUGAUGUCUUUUCUGAUGAUUCAAACUUCAGAUCUUCCUUUAUAACUAAUACUAUUCCGUUUCUGACCCAAAUUUUGGCUAUUCCUCAUGAUGAAUUUGUCUCAAACUGGUGUUCUGUCAAUCUGCCAGUGAUAGAAGAAGACGCUAAUCUUGAUUAUGAUCCAUUUGGUGCAGUUGAGCUGGCACUGGCAGCUGCUGGUAACAAGUUGACUGAAGCUAAAGCUAACUACUCAUGCCCUUUUCGCCCUAUCAGUAUGCCUUCUGUAGCUUAUGCACAGACAAGAACAUCUUGUGUGGUGAAAAUAAUUGCAAAUCUGCAUGUUUUUGUUCCAAACAUAUGCGAAGAGCAAGAAAGAGACCUCUUUCUUCAGAAAUUUCAGAAGUACUUGGUAUCAGGGAAUCUCAGAUCAUCAAUUGAUCAUCCAACAUCAGAUGAUCUUAAUGCCACUACAGUUUGCAGAAACUUGGGAUCUUUGUCUGAGUAUGCUAGGUCAUUAAUUCCUAAUAACCUGUUAAACGAGGAAGACGUGCAAUUGUUAAGUGAGUUCGCUUAUAAGUUGCACACUUGGUGUGAAUCACAUGUUGGACAGAGAACACCCCAGGCAGUAAAGAUUGAUCCGUCAUCAGAAAGCAAUGAAGAUUUUAAGCCAGUGCAGCAACCCUUGCUAACAAGUACUGCUGCUCCAGAUUCCAGUAUGAAUAACCUUUCGAAGAAUGUGGAAGAGCCUACACCAACACCCUCAAUGAAGCAAGAGGGAAAUGCCAGGGAUGAGACUCCGAGAAGCACUGCCACUUUAAAUGGUGGGUUCCUGCAGAAUUCAGUUGGUCAGGACUUAGUCCAUCUCGGUGUUGCAAGAACUAGCACAGGCUUUCUGGGGGGAGGUACUAGUAUUGGUACAGGGCUCCAGCGCGGCAAAAUGGAUCUUGACCCUCCAUCCAGCAGUAUGGACCAUUUCAAAACACCAGAUACAAAGGAAAAUGGUCUUCAAGAUGAUGAGAAAGGAGACACUCGCAUGUAUGAUGAGAGACAACCUAAGAGAAGGAAGCGGACCAUUAUGAAUGAUAGGCAAAUAAAUGAAAUUGAAAAGGCUCUGGUUGAUGAGCCUGAGAUGCAUAAGAAUGCCGCUUUGCUGCAGGCAUGGUCAGAUAAGUUGAGUGCGCAGGGCUCGGAGAUCACAUCAUCUCAACUAAAGAAUUGGCUGAACAAUAGAAAAGCUAAGCUUGCUCGUAUUGCGAAAGAAAGAGGUGUACUAUCUGAGGGUGAGAAUGCAGAUAAGCCUUCUACACCAGUUACUCCCCACCUCUGUGACUCCUCAGAAAGUGCUGGCGAAGAGAGCUACUUGCCACCUGCGAGGGUCAUGAGUGCUCUAGGUAUAUCCAAGGGCAGCAGAUUUGUGAGCCCAGAUGGCAGUGAGACAACAUCGCAAGCAGAGUUCAAUCAAAAUAUCAUGCUCAGUCGCCCUUUCACAAGAUCGUUCUCGUUUGAACCUGGGCGUCUUGUUUCGCUCAUUGAUAACGAUGGGAAGGAGGUCGGCAGGGGUAAGAUCUUCCAAGUUGAGGGGAGGAUACAAGGGAAGGGCCUGCAAGAUAGUCGUGUUUGCGUCGUCGAUGUUAUUGAGCUUAAGAUUGAGAAAUGGAGGGAGCUGCCUCAUCCCACUGAAGCAUCAGGAAGAACAUUCCAAGAGGCAGAAUCAAGGAACGGUGGCGUGAUGCGGGUAGCGUGGGAUGUCAUCAGACUCUCUCCAGUGGUGCAGUAAGUCCGAACUUCUCUUUGUAGUGCGUAGAAAGAUGCUGUGACACCAAGAAAGUACAAGAAGUAGAAAAAAAAAACAUGUUUAAAUUAGGAUCAGAAGCCAUGAAUCUUCUGGAGCAGUUUCUAUGGCAAGCAACUGAGCUGCUCAAGUAAAUUAAUAUCAUGUACAAGCCGUAGCCCUGUCUGAUGUGAUGACUGUUGUAUCCAUCGAUCGAAUGCUGGACUUGUUUAGUUAGAAAUACACCCAAAGUUACUCAAUUAUGCUAUUCGUCUUCUGUUAGGUGCAA